UACAAAUCUAUUACAUUUAUUGAGGCCGCAUUAAGGAUGAAGUUCAAGUGCGCCGAACUGAAAGAAUACGAGAUUGUGGGCAAGCCACUCUCCAAGCUCAAUGAGAAGACACCCAUCUACAAGAUGACCAUCUUUGCUCCUGAUGAGGUUGUCGCCAAAUCUCGAUUCUGGUACUUUCUGAGACAGUUGAAGAAAGUGAGGAAGGUUAACGGUGAAAUCCUUAGACUUAGCCUGCGUAGCAACACCUCCCCCACAAAGAUCAAGAACUUUGGUAUCUGGGUAAGAUACGACUCCCGAUCAGGAAGUCACAACAUGUACCGAGAGUACCGUGAUGUUAGCCGAACAGGUGCCGUGACUCAGUGUUACCGUGAUAUGGCUGCCAGGCACAGGGCCAGGGCUCACAGUAUCCAGAUCAUGAAGAUUGAGAGCAUCAAGGCUGGAGACACCAGAAGACCCCUGACCAAACAGAUGCACGACAAUAAAAUAGAAUUCCCCCUCCCUCACAGAGUUCUGAAGUACACCAAGAAAUCAUUGUUUGUUGCCAACAGGCCUAGCACCAUGCAGUAACUUAUUUUGAAUUUUAUCUAUAUGA